CGCGCAUGUCCGAGUCGAAAUGCCGCAAACUGCGCGAGUGAGCACGAACUGCGCGGUCAGCCGCGGCGGGUCCGCGCUGUUCCGCGCCUGACCGCGCUCGGGCGUCCGGGCGUCCGGCUCUGGCAGGGCUUUACGGCACGUACCUGUUUGGCGGCUGCACCUGCGCCAGCUUCCCCGCCGGAACGCCGGGGCAGAGAUACAAAUGCGGCUGAAAGACCCUUUCUCUAUAAAGACCACCGACAUGACAAAGCGGACUAACAAGCCGAAGAAAGCUCGUGAUGAGGAAUCCUCGGAUGAAGUUAGUGCAGGACUGACCUGUCAGCAUGUCAGUAAGGCUGUGGAGCUGAAUUCUGUGAAGAAGGCGGUGACCGGCAGCCUGUGGUCUGUCUGUUUGGACUGUAUGAAGGAGCGGGAUGUGUUGGAAAUGGAACAGGUUGGAACUCACGACAUCAGAGUGUGCCUCAAGUGCGGCUUCCAGGGCUGCAGCCAAUCAGAAAGCCAGCACUCAGUGAAACACCAGCAGGCCCAUCACUCAGACUCGCACUGCAUCAGCAUCAGCCUCAGCACCUGGAAGGCCUGGUGCUUUGAAUGUAAUGAAGAACUCUCCACCCACUGCAAUAAAAAAGCUCUGGCUCAAACUCUAGACUUUCUACAAAAGCACUCUGCGAAGUCAGCCUCAGGAACAUCAAAAAUAAUCAAGCUUCUAGAGGAACCGGCAGAGUAUGCUGACACCCAGAGAAGGAGGAGUCCAGUUAACAGUAAUUUGAUCCCGGUCAAAGGAAUCACCAACCUGGGAAACACCUGCUUCUUCAAUGCUGUCAUGCAGAACCUUUCUCAGACGCACAUGCUCAACGACCUCAUCCAGGAGGUGAAGGACAAAGGACACAAACUGAAGAUCUGUCCCCCUCCAGAGACCAAUCUGGGGCCACUGACGGUAACCCUGUCUGGUCCUGAACCCCUGACCUCGGCCAUGUUCCUGUUCCUCCACAGCAUGAAAGAGCCUGGGAAAGGGCCGGUCUCCCCAAAAAUCCUCUUCAGCCAACUCUGCCAGAAGGCUCCGCGCUUUAAGGGCUACCAGCAGCAGGACAGUCAGGAGCUCCUGCACUACCUGCUGGACUCGGUCAGGGUGGAGGAGAGCAAGCGAAUCAAAGCAGCCAUCCUGAAAGCUUUCAAUAACCCCACUGAGAAGACGGCCGACGAGGAAACCAAACGACAGGUGAAAGCGUACGGAAAGGAGGGGGUGAAGAUGAACUUUGUGGAUCAAAUCUUUGUUGGCGAGCUGACGAACACCAUAAUGUGUGAAGAAUGUGAACAUAUUUCUACAGUGAAGGAGGCCUUCAUCGACAUCUCUUUACCCAUAAUUGAGGAGCGGAUAUCCAAACCUACAAACCCAGGCCGACUGGGCAGAACUGGGCGGGAUCAGGAAGCUCUUGGCUGUCAUGGCGACGAGCCGUCAGCACCUCAUCCUCAGGCUAAUAAAAACAGCAGGAGGCCCAGUGGGCAGAAACUGCAGGGUCGCAGGUCGUCAACAUGUCACGAUGAGAGAGGUCCAGAAUCCCCUCAGAAACAGGAAGAAGACACCUGUCUGGUUGGACGUGGCUUAGCCAGUUGCCAGGUCGACACAGCUGCCAGCCAAUCGGAUGCAAGCGAGAAAAACUCGUCUCCUCAAGACAGCAGCAACGACGCAGACAGCGAAGCAUCCGAAUCGGAAUGCUCACCAAGAGUUCCUAUGGGAAUUGGCCAGAGCAGCACAGGAAGUAAAGCCUCCUCAUCUGCCAAUACUUCUUCACAUAGCCCUGUCCCGUUCUUCAAACAAAGUCCCACCUCUUCCUCCACCCAUAAUUCUGUGCGCAGCCAGCAGGGUGGUGCUGUUGAGCAGCUGGUCAGUGCAGUGUCCAAACUGGGCCUGGUCCACACCCCUCUUGACUCUUUGCCCCUAAACCAUGGGACAGAAACACCAGCUGACAGAGAAAAGGAGCGUGUAAGCCACCAGGGGGCAUUCCAGGCCCUGUCCCACAGCUACACACCCGCAUCCAAAGAAUGCUCGGUCCAGUCCUGCCUGCACCAGUUUACUUCCGUUGAGCUACUGAUGGGAAACAACAAGCUGCUGUGUGAAAACUGCACAGAGCGCAGACACAGGCAGCUCAGGAAGAGCGGAGCAGCAGAUAAGAAGACAGAGAAGGUUUACACAAGCGCUCGAAAACAGAUGCUAAUCUCAGUGCUGCCCCCAGUGGUCACUCUGCACCUCAAACGCUUCCACCAGGCUGGGAUGAAUUUGAGGAAGGUGAACCGGCAUGUGGAUUUCCCCCUCAUCCUCGACCUGGCGCCGUUCUGCUCAGCCUCCUGCAAGAACUUGCGAUCUGGAGAGCGGGUCCUCUACAGUCUGUAUGGCAUUGUGGAGCACAGUGGCUCCAUGCGUGGUGGACACUACACGGCCUAUGUGAAAGUCAGAACACCACAGCGUACAUCAGAACAGCGCAGGAACCAGUCAGCAGGUCCAAGAGAAGCCGUGUCUGCCCCUCCAGGCCAGUGGGUGUAUGUGAGUGACACCAGUGUCCAAACAGUGCCGGAAUCCCGUGUCCUGAACUCACAGGCCUAUCUGCUGUUCUACGAGGAGCUCCUGUAGGGGGCACUGACUCACACAGCUGAUGCAGGAAAACAAACUGCACAGCUAUUUUAACACCACUGCGAUUCUCUCUCGGAUGCAAACUCAUCCAUAUGAACACCUCGCAGCCUCUGCCUUGGUUUCAGAAUGGACAGCAGUGGCGAAAACAGUGUGUCUGAGUAUAUUAUACAUAGAAAAUUAUAUUCUAAAUUUAGAAUAAUUUAUAUUUUACAGCUAAGAUUUGAUUGUAUAGACUAUAAUAAGCUUUUGUCUGUUAAAAAAGGAACUGGUGUUUGGGUGUUUUUUUUUAUUUUAUUUUAUUUUAUUUUUUUGACUAAAGGAAUGCCAAAGACUAUAUAGGACAAUGAAGACUGGAAUAAGAUGUGCCAAAAGAUUUGCAUUCUGACCUUUUGGUUUUAUAGGGAACCUCAACACAGUAAGCAGAAAUUGCUUGUAUGCAUGCGAGACUGCAUUGAGUGGGUGUUUUUGUCCAGUCUGCUGAAUACAAGGCACACAAACACUUGUCAGCGAUGUAUAGACAUUGUGCUGCGCCUAUGAAGGGACGAUUUUACUCUCACGAGGUUGCCUAGCUACCGAAACAAUGAACGGUACAUAUUGUUUUCCUUUUUUUCCUUUAUUUUUUGCAUUUAUUCAGUUUGCAUUGCUGUUCUGCUUCGAUUUGCAGAUUCAAUAUACAAUACAAGUAAAGCACUGAACACGACUGCUUCAUACAAUAAUACAGAUUCCUUAAUCAGCCCGUUUUAUUUCAGUGGGAGCAGAACGAGACUACAGUCCUAAAGGGGAAUUUCACCCAAGUUUGUGUUUUUAGCAUUUCUGUAAAAUUCAAUUGGGCUGAACGUUUGGGGAAAAUAUUCAGUUGUGAUUUUUCUGGAAAAAACUAUGAAAUACGCAGUUAUUUCAUAAAAUGUAAGCUUGUUUAUAAUAUAGGCUAUAAUUAAAAAUUUCAGUUCCUGCAAUCACUAAAUUGCAGUCUUGUUAUAACAGUUUGUCUUUUAGUUUGAAAUUCAGUCGGAUGUAAACGGAGUCAUUCAGAGUGGUUUGAUUGGUGAUUUGAGUUUGUGCGUCGUAGAGAAACUUGUCAUCUUGAAAGUCUUCACAGCUGUGGUGAUGGGAACCAGGAGUCACCAUGUUCUGCAACACAAAUAUGGCCAUUUAAUUUAAUGCACAAAAAGGCGAGUGAAUCUACAAGGUGUCUUCUGAGAUUUAUAUAUAAUAAUUAUGGUAAAAUAGGGUUAAAAACCUGAAAAAACUGUUUCAUUUGAGGACUAUUUUACCUCACAACGCCCUGCAUGUCCCUUUCUUCCAGGAAUAUGUUUUUUUUUUAAAAAAAGGUUAAAGCUAUUGUAAAAGAAGCUUGUUUACGUGGUUUGUGGCAUCUGGAUACACUUUGGCUGCAUUUCAGUUACCCAGUGUGAUCACAUGUGAUUAUAGUUUGCUGAAUGAAAAACAGAUCAGCAAAUGUGUUCUUAUCUCAGCAGAGGCGACAGGCUGGGCUUAAAUGCUUUCAUCAGCCUAGAGUGCAAGAAGGCGCUUAGAUUCUGGAUAUCGAUCCGAUCCACAGUGGGCCUGUUUACACCUUCCUCCAAUACGUGUUUUCUGUGAUCAAAUCACAGUUGGAUUUUACUGACCACUUGAACAGCCAGGUGAAAACACAGGUGGUCAGAGACAGACCUUGACUGCGUCUGCCAAGUUCUGACUAACAGGUGAGAGAAUACACAACAAAGCAAAAGAUGGAGGAAACACAGGGACAGAGUUCCCUACAUGAAGCCCCUUUUUGUGUUCUCAGCCAGUGAAAAUGUCCAGUCUGAGCUAAACCUCAACUGGAAACGUGUUGAGGCGCUUUUUACAUGGGAAAGUAAAAUCCCAUCUGGUCACACUGGGGACAUGUUUUAGUGAAAAGUGUCAACGGAAUCCAGCCAGCGUUUGUCCAGAUUCGACCCGGACACUAAAACAUUAAUGUAAGUUCAAAACGGGCUCAGCGUCUGUCAUCAGGCAGUGAAUUAAUAACCAUUUCAUGUAGGAACCUUCUGUGAGGAGCUUUUAGAGGGGGACGUCUGUUUUUUUUUUUUUUUUAAAUCACCACCAAUGUGAAGAGUGGAAUGGAGCGUUUCACACCAAAUCACUGUGAAUAACUUUGCAUAUUAAACAUCUAAAUAUUCA